ACAAAACACCCCACCGCUCACGAUCAAAAUUAUCGAUAGGAAAGUCUAGCUACGAACUAGAUCUGGAUCACCAAGGUCGACGUAAAAGUGCACUCUACUAUAGCUUUUUUGAGCGAAGAAACAAACCCAAAAACGAAUAUGUUGGACGGUGCCGUGCGGUUUCGGAAUCUUCAUGAUCGUGAUCGUCAUGCUGCGGACAGAGAUUCCCUAGCACGGGCAAGUUUGCCCGUCGCUGGUUCCUCUUUGCAGAGUAGCUGCGAAGACCAGCAGGACGACGAGAAGACUUUGCUCAUGUCCAGUUUUCACGGUAACGCACACAGGCGGUCGACGCAACACCAUCCUCAGCCGCACAGAUCAAAAGUCUCCACCCGGUGGUCGAGACGCUUCCGCGUCAAGGAGAUGAAGGACUCCGGAAGUAGCUCCUGCGCGAGCUUUUUUUCUUCCGCUGUAGGAACUACAGCCUCUUCGUUGUUCUUUCUCACGACAACCACUACACUUCAACUUCUUUUUCACGAUAACCCUAUAAUUCCAUCUGUCCACGCGGUCCAGCACGCCGAGCGCGAGAAGGAAAAUUUCGCGCUGUGCCUGGGAAACUUCGAGCAGUGUCACGACUACGUGGAGACGCUUCUGGGGGAGGAGGCCGGCAGCUUUUUACGGAAGGUCUGCGAGUCGUUUGAUUGUGCGGAAAAAAAUCAGGACAAAGUGGAUCAGCUGCCCAUCACCCAACUACGCAUUGCAAAAGUAACAUACUAGCAUAAAUUGCAUUACAAAUAAUUUUGUUAAGAAGAAAAAUGGUUUUACAAAUUCCGGAUUUGUAAUGCUGUUUUACCCUAAUAGGAGGAAGAUUUGUCAUGCGUAUUUGCAAUUAGUACGAGUGCGAUACUUUUACAAAGCAUACCAGCAAGACUUCGACGACGGUGUUUGGAAGCUCCACCAGCCGGGGUACAAUCCAGAAAGCCUGUUUCCCAAGACCAAAGGGAGGGUGUUGAUUCCGUAUUUGGACUACUGUGCCGCUGCUGGGGAUAAUGAUGAGGAAAAUAAUGUCGAUAAAAGAACUACACGUGGGAAUAUCAAGCACGAGAACGGGGACCAGCUAGAGCAGCUCCUGCAAGAUGACCGCAUUUGCCACUGGGGCCACGAGCAGGAUCACGUCCCGCUGUCCCUGGAUCAGCACGUUUUUGGUCUGUCCCACUUUGCCAACGGCCUGCAACAGGUCGUCGAUGGCGGCCUGCCUGAGGAGCAGGUGCGUUCCCAAGCCAACUUGAUCAUCGACCUGUGUGAGCAGAUGCGGGAAAUCUCGGUCGCCCUGCUGUCGGCCGAGGAAAAGAUGAUUGACCCGUCCGAGUUCGCGAUUGAGGACAACGCAAAACUGCUCGAGCAGUACCAAAAGUUUCUUUUACCCUCCAAUCCGGAAAAUCCGCACUUCGAGGAGGUCGGUGACUCGUUGCUGGCGGUCUACGGUCGCUGGAAAGCCACCGUGGAGAAAGAAGUUCUGGGCUACCGGGACCCCAACGCGCUGAACGACUUGGGAAAGGCCUGCGUGGUAAAAGACGUAGUUCUUUCAACAUCUAGUUCCUCCUCCGCGGUAGCUGCCAGCAAGAAAAACAAUAAGGCGCGAAAGAAAAACGGCUACGAAACCGCCCUGGCUUUGCAAUUGACCGUGGCGGCGCGACUCCUCAUGCUGCACGCGCGGACCAGCCUGGGCCUGAUAUGCCAUGUAGAUUUCCCGUACAUGUACAAAAUGCAUGACAAAUUUCGCUAAGUUGCAGUGUACAACUUGUCAUGCUAGACUAGGACUGAAGGCUAGUUUUGUCAUGCAGAGACUGCAUUUGUACGUGUACGGGAAAUUUACUGUGGAUAUCUGAAGCUGGUGUUCACCGAAGUUUUCCAGUCCCAAAACCACGACUUUCCGUGGAAUCUUCCCCCUGUAUUGCAAUGAAAAAUGCCCCCAAACCCCGAACGUAGUUGGGAGCAUUUGUAUUGCAAACCUUUCCAAAUGAAACACUCGCGCUCGCCCUCUUGUAUCUACCAGCAUCACAGGUUUCCCAUCGUGAAUAGCAAAAAUUUGUAUUGCAAAAGACCCCAGCAAGCGAGGCACUUGUCAUACAAGCGAUGCGAUACACGCCUAGACUCUGCAUCAGAAAGAUUCAUACUCCUUUCAUGCAUGACAAAAAGUUUUCAUUUGGAAACUUCGCAUCGCAAAUUUUUGCGAUUUCAGGGUUGGGGGGGGGCACUUUUCACUGUAAUACCCUGUCUACGUGUUUCAGCCCAUCGCCUACGGACGCCACUGGGACAUGCUAGACGCCUUCCUCUUGGAGGAAUGGCACUCGGACUUACCCACUCUACUGCUCGACCGCGACGUGCGGUUUCUCUUGCGCGGCCACCCACAAAAACUCGUGGACCGUCGGACCCAUAUGGAAGCAGAAAAAAUACGGUGAUAGGGUGAGACUGCUCAUGCUCGCAAGACAGUUGCAUAUGUCAUGCUGCACCACCGGGCAUGCAUUCGGUAAGGCCCGUUCAAGUACCCUACCGUCAGAUCUACCGCGCAUGUCUGGAGGUUUAUGUGCUGUCAUGCCAGCCAGAUUUGUGAUGCUGUCUCCCGAGUAAAAAGAAGAACUACGCUUAGUAACCCCUCUUCAUAGUUUCAUCUUGGAUAACCCGACCUUUACGCGUGCUGGAGAUCGGUGUCGCCGUGGGGCAAAACGGCAACUACCUGCUUUCCCGGUUCCCCAACCUGCACUACACCGGCGUGGACCCGACGAUCGCUCCCGAGGUCCGCGUAUCCUUUGCAAAAGCAUCGUACUCGUAGAAAAAUAAAUGCAUUACAAAUUUCCUCAGCAUGAGAAAUAAAUUUUGUAAUGCUGAUAUACCUCAAGAAAAAAAAUUGUGAUGCAUGAUUGCAAUACGAGUACGAUUACGAUACUUUUGCAAUUCAUACCGCGCCCGUUUCGCCCAAAACUUCGCCCCGCACCGCUACGACUUGCUGGCGGAAACGUCCCAGGCCACCAUUGACCGCUUCCCGGACGCUUCUUUCGAUUUAAUCUUCAUCGAUGGGCCGCACACCUACAAGCAGGUGAACCACGACAUCCUGCACUACGCGCAAAAGGUAAAGCCGCUGGGCAUCCUGGCGGGGCACGACUUCACCUGCGUGCAUCCGCCACUGCUCUGGGGAGUGUCAGACCAGCGCCUGUGGGUAUGAGAGAAGAGAGAGGAAGACAAUUUUUGUCACAACUAUGACUAUCAUCUGUGUUGCGUUGCUGCAUCUACACGAAUGUUCCUGCUUUCGUCCACGGGUUCUUCUAUAAGAAAGCGUUGCGCACAAGGUAACCCGAGGAUUGCCGCUAGCUCGAUCUAAUUUCUCUGGCGUAAGCAUGCAUUCUCCUCGUCUCUUUCUGUUCCAUACGCGCAGCAGAAAAUCUACUACGGUAUGGACGGUGUGUGGUGGUGGCGGGUGGGUGAGGAAGAGGAAACUGCACAAGAGGGGCCGCAGGAGGGUGGAGAACUGUGAUGCGGAAAGAAAAAUCGCGAUGCGAGGCGUAUUAUCGAUAAAAAAUGAACUGGUGUAUGUUGUGUCUGUGUGUACGGGUAAGUUUGACAUUUUGUCGUCAAAAACAU